UCUUAUCCACAUCCGCAACGUAGGAGAGGAUCGAAGUUUCAUCUUAGAGACACAACAUAGCAUUACACACCACAAAUAUGCAAAAGCAGUAACCAGAGAAAAAUGGCUUGUGUCUUUUCUGCAUGUUCAGGUUCUGCUUCUCUUUUUCAAGGCACAAAUUUCUUCCCCUUUGCAACCAAAGGGUCUUCUCUGCACCUCAAAAGAUCACUCUCUGCCAAAUGUGUAGCUUCUCUGGGAACUGAGAUAUCAGUGCCUCCAGCAGUUGAUACUUUCUGGCAGUGGCUCAAGGAAGAGGGUGUUGUCUCCAGCAAAACACCAGUGAAGCCUGGUGUGGUGGCAGAAGGCUUAGGACUGGUUGCACUCAAAGACAUUUCUAGGAAUGAGGUUGUCUUACAGGUGCCCAAGAGGCUGUGGAUUAACCCUGAUGCCGUGGCAGCUUCAGAGAUUGGGAAAGUGUGUAGUGGAUUGAAGCCUUGGUUGGCUGUUGCGUUGUUUCUGGUAAGAGAAAGGUCAAAGGAUGAUUCUCUUUGGAAGCACUACUUCAGUAUUCUGCCCAAGGAAACUGACUCUACAAUUUACUGGUCAGAGGAGGAGCUCUCUGAACUAAAAGGGACUCAACUUCUGAAUUCAACACUGAGUGUUAAAGAGUAUGUGAAGAGCGAAUUUAGGAGGCUGGAAGAAGAAAUUAUACUCCCUAAUAGGAAGCUUUUCCCUUCUCCUAUUACAAUUGAUGACUUCUUCUGGGCAUUUGGAAUUCUAAGAUCAAGGGCAUUUUCUCGCCUUCGCAAUGAAAAUCUAGUUGUGAUUCCAUUAGCUGACUUUAUAAACCAUAGUGCCAGAGUAACUACAGAAGAUCAUGCUUAUGAAAUUAAAGGAGCAGCAGGUCUUUUCUCCUGGGAUUACUUAUUUUCCGUAAGGAGUCCCCUUUCUCUCAAGGCUGGUGACCAGGUGUAUAUCCAAUAUGAUUUGAAUAAAAGCAAUGCCGAGCUGGCUCUGGACUACGGUUUCAUUGAACCAAAUGCAGACCGGAAUGCAUAUACCUUGACACUGCAGAUAUCUGAGUCAGACUCCUUUUUUGGUGAUAAAUUAGACAUUGCUGAGUCCAAUGGUUUUGGUGAGACAGCAUACUUUGACAUCUUCUACAACCGCCCACUUCCACCGGGGCUGCUUCCAUAUCUGAGACUACUAGCUCUAGGGGGCACUGAUGCUUUCCUUUUAGAGUCAAUAUUUAGAAAUUCCAUUUGGGGUCAUCUUGAAUUGCCUGUGAGCCGUGACAAUGAGGAGCUAAUAUGCAGAGUGAUUAGAGAGACCUGCAAAACUGCCCUUGCUGGUUAUCAUACAACCAUUGAAGAGGAUCAAAAGUUGAAAGAAGCUAAGCUAGAUUCAAGGCUUGCUAUAGCAGUGGGAAUUAGAGAAGGGGAGAAGCAGCUCCUGCAGCAAAUUGACGAGAUCUUUAAGGAGAAAGAAUUGGAAUUGGCCCAGUUAGAAUAUUAUCAGGAAAGGAGGCUCAAGGACCUUGGACUUUGCGGGGAAAGUGGUGAUAUCCUUGGGGACCUUGGAAAAUUCUUUUAGGAGGAAGAAGCAGAAGCAUUAGCAGCAGUUAAGGACAAGCUUUUGUCUACGUUUCCAAAGGACGAGAAAACCUAAACUCUUAGUAAAUCACAGAAGAAGGCUUCCAAGACCAAUCUAUGGCAUGCAUCCAGUUUAUCUUUGAAGAGGAUCAUAAUCAAGUUUUUUGACUCGCCCCCGUUUAUUACUUUGAUUGUUUGUGUAGGAAGAUGCAAUGAACUUUUAGAAUGCCUAAUCUGAAUUAAAGACCGCAACAUGAACAAUUGUUAUAUAACUAUACUGAACUCAAAUUUGGAUAAAUAAAUAAAUUAAGGGUGAAAUUGAAGAUA